AUGGAAGCAGUCAUACCAGCAAGCCACGCCUCAUCUAUGCAAAUCGAGUCACCCGUCAGGCUAUUGGAUAGCUGGAUGGGGGUCACGGACCCGCAAAAGAGAAAGACGCUUCAGAAUCGACUUAAUCAGCGCGCUCACAGACGCCGACAGCGCGCUCUGAAAGCACAACAAAACAAGCAGCAAGAUGCCGACAUUGACGUAAAACAAGAGCCCGAUACAGACGCUCGGCUACAGACAAAGUCGACAAGUCCGCCUCGCUCCCUCGACCAUGUGGACUUUUGCAUGCCCACCAGCACCAAACAUCUCGAGGACCUCGAAGCCCUAAUCCGCCUAGAAUUCGCCAGAGGCUCACCUACCGCCGAUUUGCUUCUCGGGCUGACUCAACUCAACAUAAUUCGCGCCCUCCAUGCGAACAGGGAUAUCCUCGGUUACAAGGCCGAGGACAUGCACGACGACGCACUGUCCGCAUUCAACAUAGGUCUGAGCAUAGAUCUGAAUUUUAUAAGUCAAUCAAGCGUCAUUAGAGCAAAAUCGAAUCUACCGUUCUCCUUGACCCCAACAACGACUCAGCACAAAGUCCCGCAUCACCCAUGGCUGGAUUUCAUCCCCAUCCCGAAGAUGAGGGACAAUCUGAUUCGGGCGGGUGACUCUAUCGACGAUGUUAAACUAUGUCACGACAUGUGUGGGUAUCGUGUAUCUGGGACUGGAAUCCUAAUAUGGAAGGAGCCCUGGGAUCCGUCUGGGUGGGAGGUUUCGGAGCGGUUCCUGCGGCUUUGGGGGUGGGCUGUAAGGGAUUGUUGGGAGUUAUUUGAGUCGACAGAUCGAUGGCGACGGAAGCGUGGAGAGAUGCCGUUGUUCAAUUCACCCAGGAUGUCUCAAUAA